CUGAGAACCACCCACCUGUCCAACCGCGGCGUAACUUGGCGCCAAUCGACUUGCGCCGGUGCAAUGCCGGACGUGUGGCGCCGUUUGGCCGAGCAAGAUGAUGAGUAUAUCAUCUACCUGAAGGUUUGUGCAGCCAUAGCCCUCGGAGGCCUCUCGGCUGUAUUUAGUGGCUUGAACUUGGGGCUGAUGUGCUUGGAUGCCAAUCAGCUACAACUCCUGGUCAAGGCCGCAGGGAAUCCGGAGGCAGAUGAAGAGGCCAGGAGGCAGGGGAGAUGGGCCAAGCGGAUCUAUCCCCUGCGGAAAGACGGCAACCUGCUCUUAUGUACAGUUCUCCUGGGCAAUGUCAUGGUGAACUCCUACUUCGCCAUCCUCAUGACCGAGUUUUGGAGCGGCACCGCUGCCUUCAUCGUGAGCACCUUGAUCCUGGUGACCUUCGGAGAGAUCAUUCCACAAUCGGUUUGCUAUAAGCAUGGUUUGAAGAUUGGCGCCAGCCUGGUGCCCUUCGUGAGCUUCUUUUGGUAUUUGUUGCUUCCCAUCGCCAAGCCUUUGGCCUUGAUUUUAGAUUGCCUCUUCGGAGAGGAGAUGGGCCAAGUCUUGGAUCAGAAGCAGUUUAUGACCCUUAUCGAUUACCAACGGAAGCAGGCCCCGCACUUGAUCACUGAGCAAGAAGCCAAGAUCUUGCGGGGGUCCUGCAGCUUCUCCACCAUGACUGCGCAAAACAUCAUGGUGCCCAUGGCUGAGUGCUUCUGCCUUGAUGCCCAUGCGGUGAUCAACCCGGGGCUUUGCGCCGCCGUGGCGGCUGCCGGCCUCUCGCGGAUCCCCGUAAUCGACCGAGACCCCUUGAACCCGAAGCGUCAGUAUGCUGUGGUGGGUUUGAUUCACGUGAAGGAUUUGCUCCUGCUGGACGUCGACCACGAGGUGACGAUGAAAUCCCUGUUGCCAUUGAUUGGCCGUCCUGUGUUCAUCGUGGACGAUGACCGACCACUGCUGGAGCUGCUCGAGGAGUUCCGGAAGGGCGCGAGUCAGCUGGCGGUGGUGCGUGGCAUUGUCAACGAUGAGGACUGCGACCCCUACUUCCGGCACGUGGGGAUUCUCACGCUACAGGAUCUCCUCAAUACCAUCGUUCAGGAAGAUGUCCACGAGCUUGAUGGAGACGACGCUGAGUCGGUCGUCAGCAGCGAGCCCAGUGGGAUGUUCUCCAACGUGCCACGCUUCCACGAGGAGCUCUUGGAUCACAGCACCGCUGUAAGCCACCACGGGCCCUUGGCGCGUGCUCAUCAAACACAAGUGGCACGCGGUCUUUCGAAGGACGAGGUGGUCGCCGCUGCUGCCUUUCUGCGGCAACGCUACGUGUGCUUGUUCGGACAUGUGGGGCAGCCGCGUUUGGAGAACUUUCUGCUGCGGAGCUGCCGCGUGGUGGGCACCGGCGAAGCGCAGGGCACUGCAUUGUAUCGCCGAGGAGAAGGUGCGACCUACGCAGCUUUGGUCAUCAGUGGGGAGGUGAAGGUGUUUGCUGGGAAGGAGGCGCAUGAGUCGAUCCAGGGCCCGUGGAGCUUCCUCGGGAAGCGAUGCCUGGACAUGGUGCUGGAGAAACAGAAGUGCCAGCCAAACUGCGAGAUCUACUGCCCAGACUUCAGUGCUUACACUGCAGAGGCCAAAGACUCAGUGGGAGGCCCACGCCUUCUGCUCAUCACCCCCGACGCUUAUGGCAUGCUCCUCGCGGGAAGCGCGGGGAAUCCCAACGGCGUGCGGAAUGGCUUGAGCUUGUGAUUCUUGGCCAUUUAGCAGCAGUCACACAUCCAGCGUCAUCCCGC